AUGCCACAGCGGAGAUGGGCCACAAAUGAUGCCCAAGAAAAGGAGAGCAAGCCUUCCAUAACCGAAGUUGAGCCUACGAAAUCAGAAGAAGUCGAGAACGUAGCCCAAACCGACGCCGCCGGUGCAAAACUCGCUCCUCAAGCUGCGGAACCUGCGAAUAUUACAGAAGCCACAGAUGAAUCCCUUCCGGCUGCUGUGCUCAACGAAAAAAUCGCAGCUGAGAUUGGCCGUGAGCCGACUGAUUCGGCCCCAGCGGUCGCGGAAACCGCCAAUGCCACCGAAGCAACACAAGAGACACUGCCAGCCGCUGAAACAGGUGAAAACCUAGCUGCUGAUGUCAAAUCUACGCCUUCACAGUCUGCAACCCUGAGCCAUGCUGGCAUGUUUGACCGCAAGCCGACACUUUACAUCGGAAACCUAUUCUUUGAUGUCACCGAAACCGACCUCGUCAAAGAAUUCGCCCGUUUCGGCACGGUGACCAAGUGCAAGAUCGUUCGUGACAGCCGUGGUUUGAGUAAAGGCUUCGGAUAUGUCGACUUCUCGACGCAAGAGGCCGCAGAUGCAGCUAUGGAGCGUCUCAACAUGUCGCUAUUCGAAGGCCGUCGCAUCACAGUUCAGUACGCUGCGCGCCCGAGCGGCGUGCUUGACAACCAGAACGCCGAGCGCAAGCCCCUCAACCCUCCUUCUAAGACUCUUUUCAUUGGCAAUAUGUCAUUCGAGAUGACAGAUCGUGAUCUUACGAAUUUGUUCCGUGGCAUUAGAAAUGUCAUCGAUGUCCGUGUCGCCAUUGAUCGACGCACCGGCCAACCGAGAGGGUUUGCGCAUGCCGACUUCAUUGAUGUCAAGAGCGCCAUGGAAGCGAUGAAGCUGCUGCAAGAGAAGGAGAUCUACGGACGGAAGUUGAGAGUUGAUUUCUCGUACUCUUCGGCGAACAGGGCGCCCAGAAACGAUCCACCUGUUGAAAACAACUAG